GUGUUUGGUGUGUGGGAAGAUAGUGUGAUGCAGUUAUGGUUUUGUGUAUGGCAUCAUUCUGUUAUCACUUCCAACAUCCUGUUUUGUGGUGCCAGUGAAGUUGUGACUCUAAUGUGGUGAGCUGUGGUCAGCAUGAAAGGCUUGUGAAAGGGAACAAUUAACCCUUUAAUGGUGAACAUAUUAGAAAUUAUUCCCACUCAAAAUGGAGAGGAAGGAAGCAAGGAAGGACUCAACAAGUUCCGGCAGCAGUAGCUCCAGCAGCAGCAGUAGCAGUACCAGUAGUAGUAAGGAGAUAUUUGAGGAAGCCAGGGAGGGGAAGGAAGCAGAUCAGGUGGAGCAGCAGCAGCAGCAGCAGCAGCAGCACAGCCCAGAUGGGGAUAGAUGGAGAGACUCUCUCAACCAGGCAUGGAUAGAGUCCCUUGGAGAAACUGGUGAACAGUCUCACACCAUUCAGGUCACUAGUGGCACCACUGGCCAGGUCACGGCCACGGAGGUGACCCAGCAGUGUUCCAGCAGUGCUGGUGGCCAGGUGCUGACAACACGGGUCUCUCAGGACUCCUUUGUGGACUACAGUGGUCAGGUGUUGACGAUGCAGGUGUGCCAGGAGUCUUGCAGCAGUAAUGGUGGGCAGGUGUGCACAACUCAGGCAUCUCAGGAGGUGUCGAGCUGUGCCACAGGCCAAAUCCUGACCAAGCAGAUCUCUCAGGAGUCCUGCAGCAGUGUCAGUGGUCAGGUCACAGUCAUGCAACUGUCCCAGGAGGUUUUUAGCGGUGCCAAUGGCCGAGUCUUGACCUCACAGGUUUCCCAAGAGUCGCAUGGCAGCGGCAGUGGUGGUGGGCAAGUGUCGGUGGCACGGGUCACUCAAGGCUCUGGCAGCACUCCCCGGCGUGGACUCUUGAUGACACAGUUGUCCCGAGAAUCACUGGGCAGUGCUGACGGUCGGGUCACCAAGAGGCAAGUGUCCCAGGAGUCCACCAACAGUGAGACAGUGACCACUUAUGAUCAGGUAGUGUCUGGCGGCUACAAGCGGAGCCACCGGUCCUCCAGUAGCUCAUCCCUGGACACUGCGGAGGCCAAGGAUCACAUAGGACACAGGAGGAAGAGGAUGAGUGCCAGCGAGUAUUCAAGCCAAGAGUCUGACAGUGGAGGCUGCAGCAGCACGCCCAUGUCCCCGCUCAGCACGAAGUCCCCAGAGCUGCAGGAGAUAAUAAGACAGUCUGCAUUGUCAUCUGGCACCGUAGAGAUGAACCCUCCCUCUGCUGGUGAAGAACCUGUGCUGAGUGAGAUGAAGUUUGAGCUGUCCAGUUGGCCGUCCAGGAGUGAGUCAGUGCGCAAGGUGAAGGUGAUGGCACACAAACCGGUCAAGAGGUCUGUUAGCAGUGACCAGUCUGUGGAGCGCAUUUACACAGGUGCCAUGGAGCGCCACAUUAAGGAGCUCAAAGAUGAGCGAGAGAGUGUGCAGAAGAAGACCUUCAUGAAAUGGGUCAACUCACACCUGGUCCGGGUCAGCACACGCAUUGGUGACCUGUACGUUGACCUGCGCGAUGGCAAGCAGCUCCUCAAACUGCUGGAGAUCCUGUCAGGGGAGCGGCUGCCCCGCCCCACCAAGGGAAAGAUGAGGAUCCACUGCCUGGAGAACGUGGACAAGGCCUUACAGUUCCUGCGGGACCAGCGGGUGCACCUGGAGAACAUGGGGUCGCACGAUAUAGUGGACGGCAAUGCACGCCUCACCCUCGGCCUCAUCUGGACCAUCAUCCUCCGCUUCCAGAUCCAGGACAUCACCAUUGAGGAGACAGAGAACCAGGAGACAAAGAGUGCCAAGGAUGCUCUUCUCCUGUGGUGCCAGAUGAAGACUGCUGGCUAUCACAAUGUCAACAUCAGGAACUUCACCACCUCGUGGAGGGACGGCCUCGCCUUCAACGCCAUCAUCCACAAGCACCGUCCCGACCUGGUGCAGUACGAAAAGCUGUCGCGUUCAAACCCCAUCCACAACCUCAACAAUGCCUUCACCACCGCAGAAAACAAACUCGGCCUCACAAAGCUGUUGGACGCAGAGGACAUCUUUGUGGAGCAGCCUGACGAGAAGUCCAUCAUCACCUACGUGGUCACCUACUACCACUACUUCUCCAAGCUGAAGCAGGAGACGGUGCAGGGUAAGCGUAUCGGCAAGGUGGUUGGCAUCGCCAUGGAGAAUGACAGGAUGAUCAAGGAGUACGAGAACCUCACCUCGGAUCUCCUCAAGUGGAUUGAGAUGACCAUCGAGAGUCUCAACGACAGAGCCUUUGCCAACUCCCUCACCGGAGUGCAGACACAGCUGAUACAGUUCAAUACCUACCGCACAGUGGAGAAACCUCCCAAGUUUGUGGAGAAAGGCAACCUGGAGGUGCUGCUCUUCACUCUUCAGUCCAAGAUGAGAGCCAACAACCAGAAGCCAUACCUGCCCAAGGAGGGCAAGAUGAUCAGCGACAUCAACAAGGCCUGGGAGCGCCUGGAGAAGGCCGAGCAUGAGAGGGAGCUCGCCCUCAGGGAGGAAUUGAUUCGCCAGGAGAAGCUGGAGCAGCUGGCUGCGAGGUUCAACCGCAAGGCUGGGAUGAGAGAGACCUGGCUGUCCGAGAACCAGCGCCUCGUCUCCCAGGACAACUUUGGCUUUGACCUGGCUGCUGUGGAGGCUGCUGCAAAGAAGCACGAGGCCAUCGAGACGGAUAUCUUUGCCUACGAGGAGCGUGUGCAAGCCGUGGUGGCCGUGGCACAGGAGUUGGAGGCAGAGAACUACCAUGACAUUGAGCGCAUCAACGCCAGGAAGGACAAUGUUCUCCGAUUGUGGAACUACCUGCUGGAAUUGCUGCGCCUGCGCCGCAUGAGACUGGAAUUGUCCCUACAGCUCCAGCAGAACUUCCAGGAGAUGAUUUACAUCCUGGACUCCAUGGAGGACAUGAAGGUGCGCCUCUUGAGCGAGGACUAUGGCAAGCACCUCAUGGGCGUGGAGGACCUGCUACAGAAGCACUCCCUCCUGGAGGCAGACAUCAACGUGCUGGGUGAGCGCGUCAAGACGGUCAUUGAACACUCCCAGAGGUUCCUGGACGACGAACAGGUGGAGGGAUACAGGCCCUGCGACCCGUCCAUCGUGCUAGAGCGCGUGCAGCAGCUGGAGGACGCCUACGGUGAGUUGGUGAAGCUGGCCGUGGAGCGUAGGCUGCGGCUGGAGGAGUCUCGUAAGCUGUGGCAGUUCUACUGGGACAUGGCAGAAGAAGAGAACUGGAUCAAGGAGAAGGAACAGAUCUUGUCCACCUCAGACAUUGGCCAUGAUCUGAUCACUGUCAACCUUCUGCUCACCAAGCACAAGACUGUGGAGGAGGAGCUCUCCUCUCACGAGCCGCAGCUCAUGGCUUGCGUCAAGAUUGGAGAGGAACUCAUUGCCCAGCAACACUUUGGCUCUGACAAGAUUCAGGAGAGAAUUGAUGAAAUUAUGGGCAUGUGGAACAACCUCAAGGAGAAGUCUGCCAACCGCAAGAAGCGGCUGACGGAUGCCGUGGACCUGCACCAGUUCUACACCGAGGCUGACGACGUGGACACCUGGAUGCUGGACAUCCUGCGCCUGGUGUCCAGUGAGGACACUGGCAGGGAUGAAGCCACCGUCCAGUCCCUCCUCAAGAAACACAAGGACGUCACAGAGGAGCUGAAGAAUUAUGCCACCACCAUCGAGGCCCUCCACCAGCAGGCCUCGGAACUCAACGAAAUCGACAGGGAAUCACCCGAUGUUGUGGAGAGACUCGCUUCCAUUGACAGAAGGUACAAGGAACUGUUAGAAUUGGCCAAGAUGAGAAAGCAGAGGCUGCUUGAUGCUCUGUCCCUGUACAAGCUGUUCACCGAGGCUGAUGGUGUGGAGCAAUGGAUCGGGGAGAAGGAGCGCAUGCUGCAGACCAUGGUGCCUGCCAAGGACAUCGAGGACUGUGAAAUCAUGAAGCACAGGUAUGAAGGAUUUGAGCAGGAGAUGAAUGCCAAUGCAAGCCGCGUGGCCGUGGUCAACCAGCUUGCUCGCCAGCUGCUGCAUGUGGAGCAUCCCAAUUCAGAGGACAUUGUGGCCCGCCAGAACCAGCUGAACCAGCGCUGGGCGGAGCUCAGAGAGAAAGCCGAGAACAAGCGUGAAGAACUCAACUCUGCCCACGGCGUUCAGACAUUCCACAUUGAAUGCAGAGAGACAGUCUUGUGGAUUGAGGACAAGAAGAGAGUCCUGAUGGAGACUGCUGACCUGGGAACGGACCUGAGUGGCAUCAUGACCCUGCAGCGCCGCCUGUCUGGCAUGGAGCGUGACCUCGCCGCCAUCCAGGCCAAGCUGGACUCUCUGGAGAGGGAGGCCGACAAGAUCAGUCAGGAGCAUCCUGAGGAGGCCGAGCUGAUCCGCGAGCGUGUUGAACAGAUCCGUGCCGUGUGGGACCAACUGACACAGCUGCUGAAGGAGCGCGAUGCCAAGCUGGAGGAGGCCGGCGACCUCCACCGCUUCCUGCGUGACCUGGACCACUUCCAGGCCUGGCUGACCAAGACCAUGACCGAUGUGGCCUCAGAGGACAUCCCUUCAAACCUUGCCGAGGCAGAGAAGCUACUGAGCCAGCACCAGUCCAUCCGAGAGGAGAUCGACAACUACACGGAGGACUACACCAAGAUGAUGGAGUAUGGCGAGCGCAUCACCGCGGAGGACGUCACCCCGGCGGACGACGCCCAGUACAUGUUCCUGAGGGAGCGUCUCAAGGCCCUGAAGGAUGGCUGGGCAGAGCUGCACCAGAUGUGGGAGAACAGACAACAGCUCUUGUCACAGUCCCUCAACCUGCAGAUGUUCCUGCGAGAUGCCAAGCAGGGUGAGGUGCUCCUCAGCCAGCAAGAACACUACCUGAGCAAGGAUGAGACUCCCACCAACCUGGAACAAGCAGAAAACCUCAUCAAGAGACACGAAGCCUUCCUCACCACCAUGGAGGCAAAUGACGAGAAGAUCAAUGGAAUCUGUCAGUUUGCACAGAGAUUGCUGGAUGAGGGACACUAUGCCGUCGACAAGAUCCAGAAGAAGGCAGAAAAUAUUGAAGAGAGGCGGCAGCAGAACAGAGAACGGGCCAUGGAACAAAUGGAACGAUUACGGGACCAACUGCAGGUGCACCAGUUCCUACAAGACUGUGAAGAACUCAAUGACUGGGUGCAGGAGAAACACAUCAUUGCCCAGGACGAGAGCUACCGCUCUGCCAAAACCGUUCACAGCAAGUGGACUCGCCACCAGGCCUUUGAGGCGGAGAUUGCCAGCAACAAGGACAGGCUGGUCAGAGUGCAGCAGGCUGGGGAGGAACUGGUCAAGGAGAAACCAGAAAUGGCUGAGAUGAUCGGGCCAAAGAUUUCUGAGCUGAAUCAGCACUUUGAGGACUUGGAAAGCACCACAAAGGAGAAGGGCGAACGACUCUUCGAUGCCAACAGGCAAGUCCUGUACGAACAGACGUGCGACGACAUCGAUUCCUGGAUGAGUGACCUGGAGAAACAGAUUGAGGGCGGAGACACAGGCAUGGACUUGACCUCUGUAAAUAUUUUGAUGCAGAAGCAACACUUGAUUGAAACACAAAUGGCAGUGAAGGCCAAGCAGGUGGAACAGCUGGAGAGUCAGGCAGACUACCUGCAGCGCAUGGAUCCAGAGAAGACAGAAAAGGUCAAGUCAAUGAAGGCCAAGGUGGAGGCCAAGUUUGAGUCCCUAAAGGCACCACUGGUCGACCGCAACGAAGCCCUCAAUAAGAAGAAGGAGGCUUUCCAGUUCAGGCGAGAUGUGGAGGAUGAGAAGCUCUGGAUCCAGGAGAAGAUGCCUCAGGCCACCAGCUCCGAGUACGGCAACUCCCUCUUCACCGUCCACAUGUUGAAGAAGAAGUUGCAGAGUUUGAGCACAGAGAUCGACAACCAUGAGCCCAGGAUCAACCUGGUGUGUGAGAAUGGACGCAAGCUCAUCGAGUCGGGACAUGCGGACGCAGACGAGUUCCACAAGCUGCUGGAGGAGCUGCUGGACGACUGGGCCAAGCUGAAGGACGCCAUGGAGUUCCGACGCUCCAAACUGAUGGUUUCGGAGAAGGCCCAGCAGUACCUGUUUGACGCCAGCGAGGCUGAGGUCUGGAUGAGUGAGCAGGAGCUGUACAUGAUGGUAGAGGACAGAGGCAAGGAUGAACUCUCUGCCCAGAACCUGAUGAAGAAGCACCAGAGCCUCGAGAGUGACGUCACCGACUACGCCGAGACCAUCCGACAGCUGGGCGAGACAGCCAGACACCUCAUCAGUGAAGAACACCCCGACAGUGAACAGAUCAGCAAAAGACAGUCCCAGAUUGACAAGCUGUAUGCCGGCCUGCGGGACCUGGCGGUGGAGAGGCGCAGCAAGCUGGAUGAGGCCCUGAAGCUCUUCAUGCUGAACAGAGAAGUGGACGACCUGGAACAAUGGAUUGCCGAGAGAGAGGUCGUGGCCGGCUCUCACGAACUUGGCCAGGACUACGACCACGUUACGAUGCUCCGAGACAGAUUUAAGGACUUUGCGAGAGACACAGAGACCAUCGGCAACGAGCGAGUCGCGGCUGUCAACGAGAUUGCCGACCAGCUUAUCUCAGCCGGCCACUCUGAUGCGGCCACCAUCGCUGAGUGGAAGGACGGCCUGAACGAGUCUUGGGCUGACCUGCUGGAGCUCAUUGAGACACGCACACAGAUGCUUGCCGCCUCAUGGGAGCUGCACAAGUUCUUCCAUGACUGCAAGGACGUGUUGAGUCGCAUCCUUGAGAAGCAGAACAGCAUUUCAGACGAGCUCGGCCGUGACGCUGGCUCCGUGUCAGCCCUGCAGAGGAAACACCAGAACUUUGUCCAAGAUUUGGUUAUGCUCCAGCAGCAGGUGCAACAAAUUCAGGAUGACUCUUCUAAGCUGCAAGCUGCGUAUGCGGGCGACAAAGCUCGAGAAAUCACAAACAGAGAGGCAGAAGUUGUGUCUGCCUGGCUGAACUUGCAGGGUAUGUGUGAAGACCGCAGAGUUAAGCUCAGCGACACCGGUGACCUGUUCAAGUUCUUCAACAUGGUGCGCACACUCAUACUGUGGAUGGACGAUGUUAUCAGACAGAUGAACACUACCGAAAAACCAAGGGAUGUGAGUGGUGUAGAGUUGCUGAUGAACAACCACCAGAGUCUGAAGGCAGAAGUUGAUGCCCGGGAGGACAACUUCAAUGUAUGUGUGUCGCUGGGCAAGGAGCUGCUGUCCCGCAACCAUUACGCCACGCCGGAGAUCAAGGAGAAGCUCAUGUCCCUCAGCAACCAGCGCAUCAACAUGCUGCAGCGCUGGGAGGAGCGAUGGGAGCACUUACAGCUCAUUCUGGAGGUGUACCAGUUUGCUCGCGACGCUUCAGUGGCAGAGUGUUGGCUCAUGGCACAGGAACCUUAUCUUGUAUCAACUGAAUUUGGUAGAUCAAUUGAUGAGGUGGAGAACCUGAUCAAGAAGCAUGAGGCAUUUGAGAAGGCAUGUUCAGCCCAGGAGGAACGGUUUGCUGCCUUGGAGCGGCUGACCACGCUGGAAUUGCGAGAGCAGGAUAAGCGGCUCGGACUUAGAGACGAGCAAGGCCGUGCUCUUUACUAUGGUCAACGCUACACAGACGAUGAUCCGUUUGAGUUGAAAGAACUAAAGAGAAAACAGGAAGAGGAGGAGGAAGAACGGCAGCGACAAGAGGAGCUGGCGAGACAGGCGGCUGCCCCCCCCCCACAGUCCCCCGACCAACCCACGGACGGAGUCGAUGGUUCAGGAGAAGACUCCCACUUGAAUGGAGAGGAGCAUGAUGAAUCACGAGAAGCCGUUGCACCACCAUCGGCUGUUGCUCCUCCCAAGGGCCACCCCCAUACAUUGCCCCGAGAGCAUGAUGAGAGCGCAGCUGUUCUUCGGGGUAGUGCACCCAGCACCCCACGUCCCCCAUCCACCCCCGCCACACCCACCUCUGCCGCUGCCGGGGCCGGGCGAGGGCGGCCGGCAUCUGCCACCCUCCCUGCCACCACUUCGCCCCCUACUCCUGCUAGCAAGGAGUCACGACGGAGGGUGCGUUCUAGAUCCAAGUCUCCAUUCCGCUCUUUCCGCUGGAAGAAAACCAAGACUUCUCCAUCCGAAGCACCGGGUAGUGCAUCUGACGAUGAAUCGAACCUGGAAAGGGCAGCAGAGAGACCAAGCCCGACCGGUGACGAGGACCAGCUGGAAGGUAGUCUGGUGCGCAAACACGAGUGGGAGUCGACCACGAAGAAAGCGUCCAACAGGUCGUGGGACAAGCUGUUCCUGGUCCUGCGAGGCAACACACUCUUCUUCUACAAAGACCGCAAGAGUUACCAAGCCGCCCCAGAGGUGUACUUCAGGGCUGAGAUUCCUUGCGACCUCUCUGGGGGCCAGGCCUCCGUGGCUGACGACUAUACCAAGAAGAAGCAUGUGCUGCGCCUGAGAUUGGUUAGUGGCUCUGAGUAUUUGUUCCAAGCCAAAGAUGAAGACGAGCUGAACACGUGGGUAGCCGCCCUUCAGGUGGCCACGUCCGCCGAGGGUUCUGCCGGCCCGUCCCGCUCCCAGACACUGCCGGCCGGCUCCGAGAAGAAGGAUGAGCCCAAGCGACGUAGUUUCUUCACCCUCAAGAAGAAAUAAUGGACUGCCUUAAGUCCGUGACUGACCACUCUCCCUCCAGUUCCUUGCUUCCUUUUCUAUAUAGUCAUUAUUCUUUCUGCUGGUAAUCUCCUCCUCUUCUGUCCGGAAUCUUUUAAUGUUAAAAACUUUUAUAAAUGCCCAUUUUCAGACCCAGCAUGGAAUACAUACAUGGGGUUUGGAUUGCUGCUGCUGGUGUAGGCCUUUGUUGUUGGCAACUAUUACUGCUGUGGGAGUGGGGACAGAAUAUGCUGUGCUUGGCAUCAUCAGCUUACCCCCAUGCACUGCCUCCUAUGCUGGGUCCGAAGAGAAGCAUCACGAAAAUUGUGCUGAUUUUUCUAUAUUGACAAUUUUAUUCUCUAAAAGAUUACUUGACCUUUUAAUUGUAUUAUUGGUAUCGCGCAUGAUAUCAAAUUUGCCCCGACAUAAAAAUGUUGAUAGUUUUGUGUACUAGUUGAGGUGGAAGAAAUGUGAGUGUGUGCAGUUCCCCAUGUCUGCCUAGCACUGCCAUGGCUGAGUGUUCCUCUCUCGAGGGAUAGUGUGGAAAUAAUAUAUUUAGUGAAUUCUCAUAUGUCCUUUACUUUACAAAAAUAAUGAUUUGUUAAUUUUAUCUGUCUUUAGCUGUAGUACCACAGUUUUGACUAGAUAGCACUUAUGUAAUUGUACUGUACAGAGAAGAUUAGAACUAUACCUACUGUGCUGCUUUAAGCUUAAAUUUACAAACCAUUCAUGUACCACUUCACAGCUGUUCAAAUCAUUACGAGAGUAUGAGAGCCAGCCACCAACUUAGUCUUGUAAAUGGGCAAAUGUACUCUGCUUGGGAGAGUAGAUGUGUCAUGAAGAUAGUAAUUACUUUUUCAUUAUCAUUUUUUCCCUUCCAAGUUUUCAGCCAUAAGUUUUCAUACAAAAAAAUCAAAUUCAGCAUUUCAACAUCAGCAUUGAUCUGGAGCGCUCCGGAGUCCUUCACAGAGCGGCCGGCCUCCCCCAGCAACGGCGAGAGUCCUGUGGUCCUGAUUAGCAUGGUAGGAUUCGCUCCUCACCCACACUGUGCUUGACUCGUGCUUUUCAUCAUCUUCAAUUUCCCUGCCCAUAUGUCCUGCUGCCUGCUGGAGCCUCAUUCCUGCUGAUCAUCAAUAAAAGUAAAAAAAAAAAAAAAAAAAAAAGAAAAAAAAAAUAGACCAAACACUGACGUACGUUUGAUUCACGUUUCCGCGCAUCUUUUCGUCUUCUAGUCAGGAAGUAAAAGCAAUAAAAAAAGAAGUGUGCUACCCAUGUUGGUGUUACUCAAGGUCGGGGGCUGGGUCUGGCCCAGCCCCCGACACCCUCCUCUGUUUCAUGGUUGUUCAUCGGUAGUUGUGAUUUCCGUUUGUUUCCUCUGAGUGUCCACCUUCCGUCACCUGAUUCUCGUGUAGUCCCAAGGCUCCAGCAGCAGCGGCACCACUCGGCAGUUGUAAUGGUGACUAACGACAGAAUUCCGUAUCGUUCCACAGCUAGACAUCUCUCGGCCAUCGCCACUAACUUUUUAACGGAGGGAUGUCGGGUGAAACAAAUGCUUACAGGCUUUAUAGCUGUAGGGUAAGAUUUCUGACUAAAUUUACUUGACUGGAGUAAUCUUAAUUGUUACAUAUAAAAGUGACCACUGUAUAUCAUAUAUUGUGACACUUAAAUAAAACUGUUUAAGUGAU